ACCCCUCUCUCUCUCUCUCUCUCUCGCUCGCUCGCUUGCGGCUCGCCCGCGCCCUCGCCCUCGCCCUCGCCCUCUCUCUCUCUCUCUCUCGCUCUCUCUCGCUGCCUCGCCCUCGCCUCGCUCUCGCUCUCGCUCUCGCCUCUCGGUCGGUAGCUGGGGAGGUCGCAUCUGUGGCUACUGGCUCUGGCUCUCUUAACUCUUGCUCUCGCUGGGCGAUUGGGUCGCUCGCCUCUCUGCAUUGCCAUUGGGACACUUUGGUUCAAUCUUUUGAGGUUUGGUUCAAUCUUUGGUGUUGUGUUCUUGUUCUUGGCAGGCAGGCAGUGGCCACUGGCCAGUGGGCAUCCUUUCAUACUCUAGAGACUAGAGAUUGCAGUGGUCGAAGUAUCAUACAAAUAUCUUUUUUUGGGUUGCAAAUGGAAUCAUCUUCCAUAAUCACUCCGGAGGAUGUUCUGGAGAGUUUGAUGAAUGAUGGAACCAUUGAUGCCAUGAGAUUGAAGAUCAUCAACCAACUCAAGACUAAUGAAGAGCUGAAAAAUACUACUAUUAAAAUGGUAGAACAGAGUAAGGUUCUUAACACUCCAGGGGCAGAAAAGCAGACGAAAAGGGAGCUGUUUGAUGCACUUCGGCAAGAACUUGAGGCUUCAGUGCUUGAGAUGGCCUCCAAAGCUGUUUGGAAGUUGAUUUUGGACGACAAUGGGCUGGGUAAGGACAUAAACGAAACAGUUGAAAACGUGUUCUGUCAAUUGAGCGGCCUUGAGCCUCCAUUGUACCCCCAAAAUGUUGAAGCUGAGCUGGAGAAGCAGCAAGAGGAAGCAAGUGCGAAAGGUAAGGGAAAAGAGAUAGAGAGUGAAAAGGAGAAUUCAGACUCUGCAUCAAAGAAAAGAGGAUUUGAGGAGAUGAACUCCCUGGUGGAAGCCAUUGAAGUUGCAAGUGGAUCUAGCAAGCCUCUUGCUGUUCCUGAUGAUUCCAGUAAGCUGCCUCUUAGCCAAGACUAGAGCACAGAGUUGGUUGGACCUGCCUGCGACUAAGCUUGGUAGCUGAAUAUUAUGAACUUAGCUUUUAUAUAGACUUUAUUUGGUGCGCAGAGAGCGAGAAUGAAGCUGAACUACAACUUGUAUGGAAACCUUGGGUUUUCUUGUGCUCUUGCAAUAGUAAAUUUUUGAUUGCAGGAGUGUAAUCUAAAGUGCCAACAGCUGUAGAACUCAGAAGCAUAUAUCAACUCAAAAUUGAUUCUCUCAAUGAUGUAGAUAUUAUUUUCUGGACCA